AUGGGAUUGGCCACGCUCUUUGCGGUAAUCCUCCUUGCCACAGCAACCUUUGCUCUACAACUACCUUUAUACACGGACCGCUAUGGCGGAUUCUACUACUCUCAGGUCACCAUCGGCAACCAGACCCUGAAGCUAUUUGUCGAUACAGGCUCUCCGGAGACAUGGGUGAUUUACAACGGAACAAUAUGCCGGGAUUCCCGCAGUUUGGCCUUAAGCAGGACGCGAUGCUCGAUGCUCUUCGGAGAACCUUACGUGCCCAGUCCCACCUUUGAAUGGUACUCAGGGAGCGAUAACGAGACCUUCUUUCGCUAUGCAGACAACGACUACGUGGAAGGUACUUAUGCCUAUGACGAUAUUGUGGUCGGUGGUCUUGUUUUGGCACGUGCCCCAUUCGUCGUUGCGACCGAGACAGCUGCCCUCCCGGUCUGGCCAGCAUCGGGGCUCCUGGGAUUGGGAAUGGACCCACGCAACCGCGGAUCCGUCAACAGCUUGCGUGGCGUCAACCGGCAGAGCCAAGUCGCGGCAUCAGAUGUGUUGUUACAUCGACCAAAGAACGUGGUCGCUGCCAACAAGCAGGCUACGGUGCACAACGGCACUCUAAUAACCAGUCUCUUCAACAAUACCUCGCUAUCAGCGAGCUUCGGCCUGGCGCUGUCUCGUCCCAGCAACAUAACAUCUUUGCCUGCAGGCCUACUCACGAUCGGCGAAUCAGCAGACCUGGGCAACCGCCUCGUCAAUGCCACUGAGCCCUACGUUACAGUGCCUCUCGAACCUAUUCGAACAGCAUCUGAUCCCACGACGCCCUCGAUCGUCAACUACUCCUGCAACGUCACAGGCCUAGUCUUUGGCCGUGACAGCAACUCCUUCGAAGGAUAUCGCUUCAGCGAAGAGUACGUUACUACCGCCAUCGACAGCGGCACCACCCUGAACUACGUCAGCGACGUGCACGCAGCACUGAUCGCCUCCCGCUUCGAUCCCCCCGCCUACCAGUUUCAGGGCUUCUGGGUCGUGGAUUGCGAGGCCAAACCCCCUGACGUGGGAUUGGUCAUUGGUGGGGAGCCUUUCUACCUGCAUCCCCUGGACAUGGUGGCGGAGUUGGCGACGCGGAAUCGGAGCACGGUAUGCGUGAGCGCCUUUCAACCCGCCGCCGACUUUGGCGUCGUCUUGGGCAUGCCGUUCUUGAGGUCUACGUAUGUAGAGACGUUCCGGCCGGAGUUUGUGGGGCCCGAGGCGGGCACCAUGUGGAUUGCCGCGAGGGAGCAUUAUGCCGCUUUUUGA